AUGUUCCCUUCCAUCCCUGCCACGGCCUCCCGCGUCCUCCUCCCCACCACCGCCGCCGUAUCUCGCCCCGCCAUGGCCGCCGCCACCGCAGCCUCCGCGACCCCGCCGCCAUCGCAGCAGCCAGCACCCAAGGCGGUCCGGGUGGUGGUGAAGGGCCGCGUGCAGGGCGUCUUCUUCCGCGACUGGACGGUGGAGACGGCGCGGGCGCUCGGGCUCGCCGGCUGGGUCCGCAACCGCCGCGACGGCACCGUGGAGGCCCUCCUCUCCGGCGACCCCGCCAAGGUCGACGAGAUGAUCUCCCGCCGCCUACCAGUCGGGCCGCCCGCUGCUGCCGUCACCGCCGUGCUCCCCUCCCCCGCCGACCCGCUCGACCCCUCCGAGGGGUUCCAGCGCAAGCCCACGGCCUGAUGAGGACUGUUUUCUGAUGUGCUCCACCAUGGACUUGUCAUCCCCCUCCCCUGCCUUGUGGUGCUGCACGGGUUUGAACUUGUAUUGCCUAGCGCAUAUCAGGUAGUACACCAGGUUCAUGACCUGCAGCAGCGUUACAACCCAGUAGAAGUAGUCCAGCU